GAAAAGGCCAGUUCUAGCUCCUCAGUAAGAAAGAAUGAAGCGUGGAGGACAGAUGAUGAGGGUCUACUGGACAGAAAGCUAGUAGGAACAAAGGUUGACCUCAUCUUUAUUAAUGGGGCUCAUGAGUAUGGCUGUCUGGAAGCGACAUGCUCUGACGACCAGCACAACACAAAAGCUACCAUUGAAGGGAGACUAAAGCUUCCAAGAACGCUCAAAGACAUACUGGCAAGUUUGUCAAAGAUGGCGCCAAUCAGGACCCAUGACCUUAAGGUCAUUGGCUUCAUCGUAACUGGUAAGCAU